AUGAAGUCCUUUAUUGCCCUUUCCCUACUCGCUGCCGCCGCCCUAGGCGCCCCUCAGCUCGUGGCCCGCGACGACGCCACUAAGCCCGUCAAGGAGGCAGACACCUCGCGCGCCGACUGCUGGAAGAGGGACCCCGGCGCGCACCAUAUGCUGCCCCCCACCGCCACACUCAUUGAGGACUGCACCGGCACUAUCGAGUACUGCCUGCGCGGCUUCUACUCUAUGCACGGCGAAGAGUUCGACGACGCCGACGCCUGCCUACGCUCGCGCGACCUCGACCCAGCCACCGCCAUCGACGCCAUGCGCAUCGUGUCCCAAGACGACUUAGACAAAGGCUACAAAGCUCUGAAAAAUGCCAACCAUAUCUACAACCGCUAUAUGAUAAUAACGCUACUCACGCGCACUUUUGUUCCAGAUGAGAUGGAUCAGGAGGCUAACGACUUUAUUGAAAAACUCCGGUUCUCUACUCAGGAGCGUGUGCACCAGGCGCGUGACUUGAUCUCACAGGGAAAGACUCACUAUAAGCUUGCCUUUGGGUCAAAGCACGAUGAGGAGAUUGAGGCGGCCAUCGAGGAGGCAAAGGGCAAGCUAAAUGCCGCGUGGAUCGAGAUCAAGGGCAAGGACACCCAGCAGAUGAGUGAUAUGUUUGACUGGUUCAAGGAACGCUCUGAAGAGAAGUACUUCCAUGACUGGUAA